CUAUCAAAACUGGGAUAUAUCUUGGUAAAUAUCCUAAAAAAAAAUAAAAUAAGUUUUGUAAUAAUUUAAAACAGCAGAUUAUAACUAUAUGUAUGUAAUAAAUUUUUCAUAUAAUAAUAAUGUUACACAAUCACAGAUAAAUUUUCACAUUUUUAUUUACAGACUGUUGAGCUGUUCAAUCAUUUUAGGUGAUGCUUCGUUUCCAUUGUGAAGUAUCUUUUUCAACUUUUCUAUAUAGUCUUCAGGGAGUUUACAUUCAAUUGCACCAUUUAUAAUACAAUCAAGAUAUGUUGUUGAUGGCCUUCUUUCUAGAGGCAGUUCUUCAUCUUCUUUACAAACAGUGGGCCAGUGAGGAAUCAUUAUUUCCUCUUAAAAAUGGACUCCCUGGGCAAAUAUUGCAGGCUAUGCAUACCUCACAGAUAGUACUGGUUGAUAAUGCUCCUAAAGGCACUCAGCUGAAGUUGCUACUUCAAAUAGAGGGAAAACAUAAACUUUAUUUUAAGCCUAAGAGAUAUCAACUAAGUGAUGUUAUAAAUGGCAACAUAUAUGCUGGUUUUGAUCGUCACAAUUCCGAAGUUUUUGCAUAUUAUCUUGCUAUAGUGUUGAAUUUCACAUGGAUAGCACCAUCAGUUAUUAGGAAGAUACAUGUUAAUAAUGAUAUUUUACCUGUAGCAACUAUUGGAUUAAAGAAAACUAUGGUGAAGAAUGCAAGUGGUUCCUUUUGUAUUUAUGGCAAAUGUUAUUACUGUAAAAUAAAUGAAACUGUUUGCCCUGAUGAUAAAGGCCAAAUAGAAGGUGCUGCUAUAUUAUACUUAGACAAAACAUUCAAGAUAUAUAAAUCACCAUGGAGGAGAUCGUAUACCAGUAAAAAAAUGGAGUGGGAGAAGGAUAAUAAUUUUUGUAAAAAAGUAAUCAGUACACAUAGCACAAAACGACUGUUGAACUUAAUAGAUGUAGCAAUAUUUGAUUUCCUAAUACAGAAUGGGGACCGACAUCGAUAUGAGGUCUAUAAAGGAAAAAUCGUACUAUUUGACAAUGGAAAAGGCCUGGGUAAUCCAAUGGUUGAUGAGUUGGACAUAUUAGCUCCACUUUAUCAAUGUUGCAUGUUGUCAUCAUCAACUUGGCAACAUCUGGAAAUGUUAUCAGGCGGAAGCCUCACAGAGACGGUUAAGUUGUUGUCUUCCUUUCAACAAGCGAAGUUGGCUACAGAAGAUCAUUAUAAAGCAGUUGAACGACGAUUGUUAAAAAUUUAUGCUACCGUUCAAUAUUGUAUAGGGAAACAUAGUAGUGCCAAAGUUUUUAAAAACACAUAGCAAUAUGCGAGAAUGGAAAAAGUGGUCACGCACUUUCACAAAACAAAACCUCUAGUAAUAAGUUAUGGUUUAAAUACUCCAUAGCGUAACACAAAAUUAUUUUUUUAAUUAUAUUACAUUGUAGAUGUUUAUAUUUUCAUUAUGUUGCAUGAAUU